CACCGGGGCCCCCCCCUGGAGCCAGGCCUGGGGAGGGGGCUCGAUGGCGAGCGCCUGGUGGCCGGGCCUGCACCCAUGGGGCCCGGCCGGGCACAGCCCGAAGAGGCAACGUGGGACCCCCUUCCCGUGGGCUCACCACCCGUAGGAGGGGCCAAAGGGGUCGGGUGCAGUGUGAGCUGGGCAGCAGCCGAAGGCGGGGACCUUGGCGGUCCGAUCCUCGGCUGCAGAAGCUAGCUCUAGGGACGUGGAAUGUCACCUCUCUGGCGGGGAAGGAGCCUGAGCUGGUGCGCGAGGUUGAGAAGUUCCAACUAGACAUAGUCGGCCUCACCUCGACGCAUAGCAAGGGCUCUGGAACCAGUCUUCUCGAGAGGGGUUGGACUCUCGUCCACUCUGGAGUUGCCAUUGGUGAAAGGCGCCGGGCAGGGGUGGCAAUACUUAUUGCCCCUCGGCUUGGCGCCUGUAUGUUGGAGUUUACCCCAGUGGAUGAAAGGGUAGCCUCCCUCCGCCUACGGGUGGGGGGACGGAUCCUGACUGUUGUUUGUGCCUAUGGCCCAAACAGCAGUUCAGAGUAUCCACCCUUUCUGGAGGGGGUGCUGGAAAGUGCUCCCUCUGGGGAUUCCAUCAUUCUGCUGGGGGACUUCAACGCUCACGUUGGCAGCGACAGUGAGACCUGGAAGGGUGUGAUUGGGAGGAACGGCCCCCCCAAUCUGAACCCGAGCGGUGUUUUGUUAUUGGACUUCUGUGCUCGUCACAGAUUGUCCAUAACAAACACCAUGUUCAAGCAUAAGGGUGUCCAUAUGUGCACUUGGCACCAGGACACCCUAGGCCGCAGUUCGAUGAUUGACUUUGUAGUCGUGUCGUCGGACUUGCGGCCGCAUGUCUUGGACACUCGGGCAAAGAGAGGGGCGGAGCUGUCAACUGAUCACCACCUGGUGGUGAGUUGGCUCCGAUGGUGGGGGAGGAUGCCGGUCAGACCUGGCAGACCUAAACGCAUUGUGAGGGUCUGCUGGGAACGUCUGGCAGAGUCUCCUGCCAGAGAGAGCUUCAAUUCCCACCUCCUGGAGAACUUUGACCAUGUACCGGGGGAGGCGAGGGACAUUGAGUCCGAGUGGCGGUCCCUCUUUUUAAGAAGGGGGACCGGAGGGUGUGUUCCAACUAUAGGGAGAUCACACUCCUCAGCCUCCCUGGUAAGGUCUAUUCGGGGGUACUGGAGAGGAGGGUCCGUCGGAUAGUCGAACCUCGGAUUCAGGAGGAGCAAUGUGGUUUUCGUCCGGGUCGUGGAACUGUGGACCAGCUCUACACCCUCUGCAGGAUCCUUGAGGGUGCAUGGGAGUUUGCCCAACCAGUCCACAUGUGCUUUGUGGACUUGGAAAAGGCAUUCGACCGUGUCCCUCGGGGGGUCCUGUGGGGGGUUCUCCGGGAGUACGGGGUAUCGGACCCCCUGAUACAGGCCGUCCGUUCCCUGUACAACCGGUGUCAGAGCUUGGUCCGCAUAGCUGGUAGUAAGUCGGACUCGUUUCCGGUGGGGGUUGGACUCCGCCAGGGCUGCCCUUUGUCACCGAUCCUGUUCAUAAUUUUUAUGGACAGGAUUUCUAGGCGCAGCCAGGGCGUUGAGGGGUUCCGGUUUGGUGACCUCAGGAUUGGGUCACUGCUUUUUGCAGAUGAUGUGGUCCUGUUGGCUUCAUCAGACCGUGACCUCCAACUCUCACUGGAUCGGUUCGCCGCCGAGUGUGAAGCGGCCGGGAUGAGAAUCAGCACCUCCAAAUCCGAGUCCAUGGUCCUCAGCCGGAAAAGGGUGGAGUGCACCCUUCGGGUCGGGGAUGAGAUCCUGUCCCAAGUGGAGGAG